AUGGGGCGUAAGUUAUAUAUAAGGUCACUCCCUGAAUACCUGGUUCUGUUGUUAAUCGUACACUCUGUUAAGUGGAAUGCUAACGAGUCAACUUUUUGGAAUGUCCGGUGGCUGGCCUUUGGGUCAACAAUUCUGAGCAUUCGGAGCUUCAAGAUUCUGCAGGAUAUGGCUCUUCAGAACUAUGUUCCCUCCGGCGAUGCUCCUUCUGUCAAUAUCAAGUCAUUGCGUUUCUCCAGUAAGGAAAAUGGAAAAGCCCAGCCUACAGUCCAGGAAAGAAAACCAACAGAAGCUGAUGUGGACAUUGACAUCAGAGAGGUUUAUUUCUUGAUUAUGCAUUUCCUGUCAGCUGGACCAUGUCACGGGACUUAUGGGCAGUUAUGGAAUGAACUUCUGGAGCAUCAGCUUUUACCUAGAAGAUAUCACGCGUGGUAUUCACGUACUGGAAUGCAGAGUGGAGAUGAAAAUGACAAUGGCAUGUCUUUCCCAUUAAGUUAUAAUAAGUUGGUGGAAAGAUAUCCUCACAUUGAAACGAUUCACUUGGUAAAGCUUCUGAAGCAAUUGAUACUAAGUUCAGCUGAUCUUUCACAAGGCUUGAUUGGUGGGAAUGCAUUAAAUGCAUCUGCUGUCCCAACUCUCCUCGGAACUGGUCCUUUUUCACUUCUGGCUAGUGAUGAAAAUAAGGGGGAUGGUCAAGUUAAACAUCCCCCAGGCCACAUGCGUUGGCCUCACAGGCUAGCUGAUCAGGUGCGUGGAAUUAGUUUAAGGGAAAUAGGUGGUGGAUUUCCUAGGCAUCAUCGUGCCCCUUCUACUCGUGCUGCAUGUUAUGCCAUUGCAAAACCAUCUACUAUGGUACAUAAGAUGCAAAAUAUUAAAAGAGUCCGAGGACACCGUAAUGCUGUUUACUGCGCCAUAUUCGAUCGAUCAGGGAGAUAUGUUAUCACUGGUUCAGAUGAUCGCCUCGUAAAGAUUUGGUCAAUGGAAACUGCAUAUUGCUUGGCCAGCUGUCGUGGACAUGAAGGUGACAUUACUGACCUGGCUGUGAACUACAACAACACUUUGGUGGCUUCUGCUUCAAAUGACUGCAUCAUCCGAAUUUGGCGCCUUCCUGAUGGUUUGCCGAUUUCUGUAUUGCGGGGUCACACUGGAGCUGUCACUGCUAUUGCAUUUAGUCCUAGACCAAGUGCCAUUUAUCAGCUUUUGUCGUCAUCUGAUGAUGGAACUUGCCGUAUUUGGGAUGCUAGAUAUUCCCAGUUCAGUGCAAGAAUAUAUGUACCAAAACCUUCAGAUUCUGUUGCUGGGAGAAAUAAUGUUCCAUCAACCGGCACGGCUCAACAAAGUCUUCAAAUUUUCUGCUGUGCAUUCAAUGCCAGUGGAACUGUUUUUGUUACUGGCAGCUCGGACACUCUUGCAAGGGUUUGGAAUGCUUGUAAAUCCACUGCUGAUGAUUCAGAGCAACCUAAUCAUGAGAUGGAUAUUUUAGCUGGACAUGAGAAUGAUGUAAAUUAUGUACAGUUCAGUGGCUGCGCUGUAGUAUCCAGAUCUUCUGCCUCUGAUGCUCAGAAGGAAGACAGCAUCCCAAAAUUCAAAAACACGUGGUUCAACCAUGACAAUAUAGUCACAUGCUCUCGCAAUGGAAGUGCAAUCAUUUGGAUACCAAGAUCACGUAGAUCACAUGGAAAAGUUGGGCGAUGGAUACGAGCAUAUCAUCUGAAAGUUCCACCACCACCAAUGCCUCCUCAACCUCCUCGAGGGGGCCCACGCCAGAGAAUUCUUCCUACACCUCGUGGUGUUAACAUGAUUACAUGGAGUCUGGACAAUCGUUUUGUCCUUGCUGCUAUUAUGGAUUGCAGAAUAUGCGUUUGGAAUGCUGUUGAUGGUAGCUUAGUUCACUCUCUCACUGGUCAUACUGAUUCUACUUAUGUUCUGGAUGUUCACCCUUUCAAUCCUCGUAUAGCCAUGAGUGCUGGAUAUGAUGGGAAAUUGAUAGUGUGGAAUAUAUGGGAAGGCACUCCAAUUCGGACUUAUGAAAUUGGUCGCUUCAAGCUGGUUGAUGGGAAGUUUUCUUCGGAUGGGACGUCGAUUAUUCUUUCUGAUGAUGUCGGUCAAUUAUAUAUAUUGAAUACAGGGCAAGGUGAAUCUCAAAAGGAUGCCAAAUAUGAUCAGUUCUUCUUAGGGGAUUAUCGCCCUCUCAUUCAAGAUACACAUGGAAAUGUCCUUGACCAGGAAACACAACUUGCUCCUUACCGGAGGAAUAUGCAAGAUCUCCUUUGUGAUUCAGGCAUGAUUCCAUACCCAGAGCCUUAUCAAAGCAUGUACCAGCAACGGCGGUUAGGAGCUCUUGGUAUUGAGUGGCGUCCAUCAUUUAUAAGAUUUGCUGUUGGUGUUGAUUUCAGCAUGAACCAAGAUUAUCAAAUGCUUCCCAUAGCAGACUUAGAUAUAUUGAUUGAUCCACUUCCCCAUUUUGUGGAUGCAAUGGAUUGGGAGCCAGAAAUUGAGAUACAUAGUGAUGAUAAUGAUUCAGAGUAUAAUGUUACAGAGGAUUAUUCAUCUGGAGGUGAACGAGGAAGUUUAAGUUCCAAUUCUGGCGAUCCUGAGUGCAGCGCAGAAGACAGUGAGGUAGAAGAAUCUCACAGAUACUACAUUUGUAGAUCAAAUAGGAAGAAACAGAAAGUAGAGAUCAUGACAUCUUCUGGGAGGCGUGUUAAGAGGAAGAAUUUGGAGUUCGAUGACAAUUCAUUGAGGAACAAUCUUAACAGGAAAUCAAGAAAUGGGCGAAAAACCUCCAAGAAAAAGUCUUCAUUGAAGUCUUUAAGGCCACAGAGAGCUGCUGCACGGAAUGCACUUCAUCUGUUCUCUCGAAUUACGGGAACAUCUACAGAAGGAGAAGAAAUAAAUGGAUUCAGCAGUGAUUCAUCAGGAAGUGAAUCCACUCUGCAGGAUUCAAGUUUCGAUAGUGAAGAAUCGGAUGUUUCUUUGCAAAAUGAAUGGCAUGAACAUUCAAAAGGGAAAGAAAUAUCCUUAGAUCAGUCUGAGGUUGCAGAUAAGCGUCAUCCAUAUACUGGAUCUCAUUCAAAUGCAGGGAGCAAGAGGAGAUUAAUCCUGAAGUUACCCAAUCGCAGUUCCAGUAUAUCCAAAUUUGAAAGCCACACUGUUCUGGCGGGCUCAUCAUCUUCAGCUCCUCGCAAACAUGAUGAAACAAAUAGAUUUUACUCUGAGGACGAAAGAUACAUUCCUGAUGAUACUGAAGGUGAUAGAAAGGAAAGAAGCAAGAUUGGACAGCCUGCGAAAGCUGAACAUCAUUUCGACCUUCUCGAAGGAUACAAAGAUGGUUCAAUUAGAUGGGGAGGGGUCAAGACUCGAACCUCAAAGCGGAUGAGGAGUGGAGAACCAUUGACAUCUGAUAUACCCUCUGGAACUAGUUCAGUUCUUGACGAGCAUAUCGAGACAGAUAUUGUAACUGGACAUUCUAUGUUUGGAAAGGAGAACAGAACAAUUUCCCCUCGUUCAGGAUUCCAAAAUCAUGAAGCCAAUAUAUAUGAAAUUGUUAAUCUAAAUGAGCAUUCUUAUGGAACUAUGCCCGAAAGUUUGAAGGGAGCUGAAAAUGUCAAGAAACACUUAGAUGAGUGCAAGGAUGAUGAUGAAUUGCCAGUUCAGUUACCCAAGAUUUUUGACAGUGCUGCUCCUGCUGCUAAUGGGUUCCGCAACCAUCUCGAGUUGAAAGAUAAUGGAAGUCCAGUUCCAACAAAAUUACAAAUAAGAUCUAGUACUCUUUCAAGGGAUCAUGAAAGCCUCGGGAAGAUUAGUUUUGAUUCCCCAUCAGAGGAGUUUUGGAAAGAUGCAUGUGAUAACUUAUGCGAUAGUUUGAACUCUCAGCAGAAUUUUGUAUUACAGGUUCCUGAUUAUGAUGGCAUUGGAGAACUGCCCUCAGUUGUUCAAGAGCAUGAUAUUGUGCCAGAAUCAGAAGCUUUGGUCAGUUUAGAAGACUCAUGGCAGUUGGGUUCUCCAAAAAGAAUGUUUACUUCUGUUUAUAGAAGGUCAAAGUCUUCUCGAGGUAGACGCAACCCAGAAGGUGACAAUGGAAGCAUGGAAGCAGGUCCUUCUAAUGUUCCUAAACAUUAUGAUGAAGGAGCUGAGACUGCAAAUGAAGGUUUCCGUAGGCCCAGGUCCAUUCGGUUGAGGUUGACUCCCCGUGAUAUAGAUGUCCCAAGCAGUGGCGAUAUAAAAUUUAAGGAAGCUCGGGAUGAUUCAGAAUCAUUAGAUGUUGAAAAGGCGACGAUGAGCAAAGAUGAAGAGAGUUCCUGUGAAGAAUGGGGAUCAGGUUCAGUUGUUGCUGUUCGACGAAGAUCUACAAGAAAUAGGACAGACAGUUAUUACAUUCGUGAAACUAGUCCUCCAGAUAGAAGGAAAUCAUAUCAUUCUGGAAGAAGUUCAUGGUUAUUGCUGUCCACACAUGAGGAAGGCUCCCGAUACAUUCCCCAGAGGGGGGAUGAAGUUGUGUAUCUGAGACAGGGCCAUCAGGAAUAUAUGAAAUACCUUAACUUGAAGGACAUGGGCCCUUGGAAAACAAUUAAGGGAAACAUCAGAGCUGUAGAAUUUUGUAGAGUUGAAGACUUGGAGUAUUCAACACGUCCAGGUUCAGGGGAGAGCUGCUGUAAAAUGACACUUAAAUUUGUUGAUACUUCUUCUGAUGCGGUGGGCAAAUCAUUUAAGCUGACACUCCCUGAAGUGACUGAAUUUCCAGAUUUCCUUGUCGAGAGAAGCAGGUACGAUGCAGCUGUGCAAAGAAACUGGACCUCCCGAGAUAAAUGUCAAGUCUGGUGGAAAAACGCGGGCGAGGAAGAUGGGAGUUGGUGGGAAGGCCGAGUUUUAACUGUGAAGCCCAAAUCUCUUGAAUUUCCCAACAGUCCAUGGGAAAGAUAUGUCGUAAAGUACAAAAGCGAUGCCACUGAAACACAUCAACAUAGUCCUUGGGAACUUUAUGAUGCUGAUACACACUGGGAACAGCCUCAUAUGGAUAAUGAUAUUAAAGACAGGCUACUGCAUGCUCUUACCAAGCUGGAGCAAUCUGGAAAUAAAGUCCAGGAUUAUUAUGGGAUUAGCAAACUGAAACAAGUUUCACAGAAGACAAAUUUUAUUAACAGGUUCCCGGUUCCUUUGUCUCUGGAAGUCAUCCAUUCUAGGUUAGAGAAUAACUACUACAGAAGUUUGGAGGCUAUGAAACAUGAUAUUGAAGUGAUGCUAUCUAAUGCCGUGUCAUACUUCGGAAGAAAUGCAGAAGUUUCAAUUAAAAUGGAACGCUUGUCCAACUGGUUCACCCGGACGCUAUCAUCAUUGUAG